AUGGGUGAUGAGUUUGAUAGAUACUAUAUAAAAAUUCGAACGAUUCUGGGAAUAGAUACAAAAACAAUUUAUGAAGAACUUACAGAAGCGUUGGGAUCUGAUGCUCCAUCAGAUCGAACAGUCAGAAGAUGGGCACCGCGUUUUCGUGAAGGGAAAGAAGAUGUUGACGAUGAUCCUCGAUCUGGCCGUCCAAUCUCUGUAUUUACAGAUGAAAAUAUUGAACGUGUUCAACAUGUUAUUGAAGAUGACCCUCAUUGCACUUAUGAUGAUAUCAUAGCUGAGACUUCUCUCACUCGUGGUACUAUAGAACGAAUUAUUCAUGAUGGUCUAAAGAUGAGAAAAGUUACAUCGCGCUGGGUUGCUCAUCAACUUAAUGAUAAUCAAAAACGAGAAAGACUUCGAAUUUGUCGACAAAGUUUAGAAAAAUUUCGUAAUGGAACAUGGAAAUUAUGUGAUGUUGUUACUGGUGAUGAAACAUGA